ACACACAUUUGGCGCAAAAUUUUGGGCUAGUUCUCGUGCUGCCGCUUUGUAGUUCGUUAGUAGUUUCGUUGGACAAGGUGGAUCAUAUAGACUUAUCUAAUUUUAUCAUUUUAUCACUUCUGCGAUCAUGCCUGGAGAAUCUGCGUGUGUGUUGAAAUUCGUCAAGACAACGGUUAACGCGUUUUCGCCUGUCAAGGGGUCGGCCAAAGCUGCGGGCUUCGACUUACGAAGUGCUUAUGAUUAUGAAAUUCCUGCACGCGGUAAAGAACUCGUUAAAACAGAUCUCCAAAUCCAACUCCCAGCAGGUUGCUAUGGUAGAGUAGCCCCUCGCUCAGGCCUAGCUUGGAAAAAUCAUAUUGAUGUCGGAGCUGGUGUUAUAGAUGAAGAUUAUCGUGGGAAUGUUGGAGUAGUGAUGUUCAACCAUGCCGAAACUGUAUUUAAAGUGAACAAAGGGGACAGGAUUGCUCAACUAAUAUGUGAAAGAAUAUUCUACCCAGAGUUGGAAGAGUGCAAGGAACUUAGUGACACUGAGCGAGGGGAAGGUGGCUUUGGAUCCACCGGGAAAAAUUAGCCAGCCCUUUACUCUUUUCCUAUGUAUGCUCUACACCAAUCGAUCAGCUUUCAACUCCCCCUCAAUCCUCGGGCUUUUAACCUUUUUUUAAAACUCUAGUUUUAACUGCAAUGUGAUUUUACUUCCUAGAACAAUUUAAAUUUAUUUUUAACUUUUUUUUAUCAAUUACCUUACCUUAAAAUAAAGCUCUUUUAAAUAAUGUA